CUGCCGGGUUCGGACCCUACCUAAACCGCUUCGCAGGCCCCUUCCUCAUCAUUUCUCCCUGACAAACAUACACAGUACAGCUUUGCUUCCCUACAACUAACCCACGUCGCCAUCCUAGUCCCUCGCAUCUCCUGGUUUACACAGCAAUCACAGUCAACAUCUCCUACUUCCAGUAUUGUCUCGAUCAUAGCAGCUUUAAACCUUACUGCGCCCCUUGGCUACCCGGCGCACGGUUCGUUCUCCGGCCCUGCACUCAAUUCCCUAAUUGUCUCUCCUGAGACGGUGAAGGUUCGCCCAGAAAGCCACCAUCCAGACCACCUUGACUGUCUUUCGAAUCCAUCCAUCGCCUUCCUAGACGCUCGAAUACUGACCAUCUUCGACCCUACUUCUGCGUUCUCAACCUGUUGAGCGUUGUCUCUUCAGUCACCGACAGAACACCCUAUGCUCGCCGGCGCAGUUGGCGUCUGACCACCUUAUUUGGAGCGUCGACCUGACAGAAUUAGAACCGAGACAGCCAAAUGGCUCAAGCUGCACCUCUGGCCGAUCGCGGCCCAGCUUCUCUCGCGUCCAAGAAUCCCUUUCGCAACCUUGUCUCAGAGAAAAACUCCAGCAGACCCAUCUCGACAAAUCCCUUUCUCGACUCCAAUGAGAUCCUGUCCCCAGACGCGGCCAACAAGGCCACACCUCCAGUUAGCACUGGAAUGGCAAUAAACCGGUCUAACGCGGCCGACAAGACUGCAGAUAUAUUUGCUACCCUCGAUAUAAAGGAACCUGCAAAGCCACCGCAGCCUCAUGCCAACGGCGCCGCUCGACGGGAAAACAUUGCGCCUCGGCCUUAUCCUCCCCGCGGGCCUCAGUCACGCCAUAGGCCGAGCAAUUCGGAUGAAGAGCGUCGGCGACAACAAGGGAAACCUUCUGGACAUCCACAGGAACUAGACAUUUUCGCAGAUCCGCCCGAGCUGAACCGUCCGCGCGACAGACGUCCGCCGCCUCGACGCAACUCAGAAUCCUCCAUCAGGGAGAAACCCAGAGAUCUGGACCCCGAAGCAGAAAGAAGGAGGCGAGAAAGGAGAUUGCGGGAGGGGAAAGGCUCACAUAGAUCAAAGAAGCCAAAUGCAAGGUUGGAUAUCAUCGACAAAUUGGAUGUCACCAGUAUCUACGGCACCGGCUUAUUUCACCACGAUGGUCCAUUCGAUGCAUGUAACCCACAUCGCAACCGCAAAGGCUCCAGGCAGGCGCCUAUGCAAGCAUUUCCCAAGGAUUCAUUGAAUAUGCAACUUGGUGGCUCCGGUCCCGUCAAUUCCAAACUCAACCUCGACCAAUAUCACGGUACUGGACGAGAGGCCAAUCUUGACUACAACGAUGCGGCAGUCUACGAAGAGGACGCAGACUAUUUCCGAAGACCACAGCCGGAGAGAAGCGCCAGCUUUAACCCGGUCGCCAGAACCGAACCCUUGCAUGGCAGUGAGACCGCCGGCCUUGGGACGAGUACAUUCCUGGAAGGCACCCCUGCAAGUCGAGCGGCGAUUCAGCGCCGCGAUAGCGAGCAAGAAGCCGCAGAACAGGCAGUUGCUGCCGGGCUAUCACGUAAAAAGAGUCUGGCACAGAGAAUCAAAGCCGUGCGUCCUAAAAUCCCUGACGGAGGGCGCAUGGCGUCUCCUGAGCCAGCAGCAACCCCGACCAGCCCAAUGGGGACGAGCAAAUCGGAACAGAAUGGUGCGAAUCCGUUCUUCAAGGACUAUGACAAAGAGUUCGAGAAGAAAGGCGCUCAGAUCGCCUUUGCAGAAGAACAAGCAAAGAACUCCGGUCGAGCCCGAGCACCAUCUAGCCCAAAAAGGGGUGGACUGGCCCUCGAACGAAAAUUGACUGCUGACAGCACCGGACCGCAACCUGAUGAUGUUAAAUCCGGGGCUGCUGGAUUCCUCAGUCGGGUCAAGAGCAUCAAAGGAGGGCGAAGCCGGACGCGCGAGAGGAGAAACACCGAGGCUUCUGGCUGAUUCGACCGUCUCUUUCUAUUUUUCCUAUGUUUGUGGAAUGGCAUGGUAAACGUUGGGGCUUCUUUUUCUUCUUGGAAAACCGUUUGCAUUGCCGGGGCAUGGUCAAGGAACGGAGUCACAUAAUGCAAGAUUUCGGUGUCGGGCAGGCUCAGGGGCCUAUUUACGGAGCAUUUCAAGGUGCUGGGGAUCUUGCAUGACAAUGAAACAUGAUGAUAUGACCAAUGCACAGAGGACACGAGCCAGAGCAAUAUUGAUCCGCAGCCUCACAACUCGGCGAUAUCUAGAGUUGCUGGAAAAGUCGAGAGGAAGCCGGUCGAUUCGACCCGUCGGAUGAGAACUCCAGUGGUAUCAAUCGACCGGAGGCGAAUCUGGUGUUCUUGCCAAUGCCCAAAGACGAAACUCUCGUGGCGUACGUAGAAAAGGAGGAAAGAGGCCGUCGUUGCAAUACAAGGCUCCAACUAUCGCCUUGUGGCCAAUAGACCUGACGGGCGAAGAGGACGGCGAGGCAGGGAGAGCAGGAAACGGAGAGAACAAUACACCAAGCCAGAAUCAAUCAUUGUUAAGAGUGACUUCCUACAUGUGAUAUAGCUGGAUGCUCGCUCGCUGCUUGGACGUAGACACUGGUUGUCGGUCGUCCUUCUUGUCAUCGUUAUGUACUGGUUAUGUCGGUAUCUGUAGUCCAUCUAGGAGAAUACCAAAAGGCCUCACUUAA